AUGCUCGUAUUCAAGCUCGCAUGCCUCCUGGCAUGCAUCUUGGCGACAGCGAGUGCCCUUCCUGCCUCCUCAAGCUCGUCCACCUUGGCAACGCUUGCCGCCACUCACGGCUGGCUGUGGGACGGCGUCACGUCCCCAGUCCCCAAUCCUCCGCCCAUCAGCGACAACGGCACCACUGCGACCGACAUUGCCGCCUGUCUGGCCGGUACAGGCCCCUACCGUCUCGAAUACACGGAAGACGACAUGUUUGUGCUGAUGCACAGGGAUAAUGAACAGUUCCCCGCCAUGGUCAAUUGUCUCAUCCUGCUCGGCAGCCCCCCGGUCUUUUACCAAGAGCGUUCCGACUUGCCCGAGGCGCAGGACGAGGUUGCGGAUGGGAUGGUCAUCGGCUCCAGGAUCGACCCAACAGCUUCUAUCGUCACAGUAGAUUCGCAACGCUGGGGCAAGACGCAGAAGCCUAGCAGCAUUCCAGUCGAUGUGCCAGUCAAUGUCUGCUAA